GCACCACCGGGCUGACCCCUCCUAUAUUUUUAAAAUCUGGAACAGAAAAACAUGAAAUCAAGACAUUUUAGUAGAUAAUGUACUAAUGGUGCCUGUUUACUGUCUUUUGUCCCCAAAGAGAAUGACAAUAUUUAACUAAGAGAAGUUUUUAGUUAAGUUUCAUGAUUAUACAUGAAACACAGAUUAACUUGACAUUCAUGAUUGAAGAUGUAUACACAGUCAGUAGCAUCACUGGAAAAAAAUAGUGUCUUCUUUUGUUUUUUGAGGAUGAAAACAUUUCCUUCUCUCAUCUUUUUCUCAGCAGAUAGUACUGAGCAGGUCCAUGAAAGAGGAUAGAAAUCAUACUUCUGUGGCCAUGUUUGUUCUCCUGGGACUGUCAGAUGAAAAAGAGCUGCAACUUAUCCUCUUUCCAAUCUUCCUAGGGAUCUACCUUCUGACCAUAAUCUGGAACCUUGGUCUCAUCCUCCUUAUCAGGAUGGACUCCCACCUGCACACACCUAUGUACUUUUUUCUCAGUUUCCUGUCAUUUAUAGACAUCUGCUAUUCUUCUUCCAUCAGCCCAAGGAUGCUUUCAGACUUCUUAAAAGAUGAAAAAACAAUUUCGUUCAUUGCUUGUGCCACCCAGUAUUUUGUUGGGUCCUGGAUGGCUCAGGCUGAGUGCUGCCUGUUGGCCGUAAUGGCCUAUGACAGAUAUAUUGCUAUUGGUAGGCCUCUGCAGUACUCAGCCAUCAUGGAUCCUGACCUCUGUCAGAAGAUGGUUGCUGGAGCCUAUGGGAGUGGUUUCCUUGGUAGCUUAAUUCAAACAGUUUCUUGCUUUCAUCUCUACUUUUGUGGGCACAAUAUCAUUCCAAAUUUCUUCUGUGACAUAACCCAGAUUAUUUCCUUGUCUUGCUCCAAUCCCUUUAUGAGCCAAAUGAUUCUUUUUCUGGAAUCUAUUUUUGUUGGAUUCACUUCCUUCCUUGUCAUCCUCUUAUCCUAUGGUUUUAUUGCAACUUCCAUCCUGAAAAUAUCCUCCAUAAAAGGUAGUGCCAAGGCCUUCAAUACCUGUGCCUCCCACCUGGCUGUUGUGACAAUAUUCUAUGGCAUGGGCUUCUCUGUGUACCUGCAUCCUAGCUCUAGCCACUCCAAAAAGCAGAACAAGGUUCUGUCAGUGUUCUAUGUUAUCCUCAUCCCAAUGUUAAACCCUUUUAUCUAUAGUCUGAGGAACAAGGAGAUCAAAGAGGCCUUGAUGAGGGUAGUAAAGAAGGCAACAUAUUUAUCUCAGUAAGAAUAAUAUUUGAGCAAAUAUUAUUUCCUCCAUAAGGAAGACAAGGGUAAAAAUAUGCAAGUGACCUUUAUAGGUUACAAGAAAGCUAGGUAGAGAGAAGAAGUGAAAACUUGGCUUCUCAUGUCUUAAUGCCAUUAUGUUUAGCUGCCACCACCAAGUGAUCUGCCUAAUGCAGUGUCAGCAACAUUGAAUUCAGUUUAAAAGGUCUUUUUCCAUGAUUAGACCUAGGCAGGUAAAACAGUGUUUCGAGAUUAGAAGUUCUGAUUGAUAUUAUAUGUAGAUAAAUGAGAAGACCUAGGAAGCCACUCAAAUAGGUCUUUCCUCUACAAUUCUUAAAAUGUCUUUUAUUUAUUUUUAACUAGGUAUUUAUUUAUGUUUUGAUUACAAUAAAACAAAAUCAUGUAUAAAAUUAUAGAUGUGAAAAUUAAGAGUAAUUUUUAAAUGAAUACUUUUAUAAUUUCAUCCCAAAGGCAGAGGGUGUGAGAGGGAGGGACACAGAAAAAAGAGAAAUGGAAAGAGAGAAAAAGUCAGAGAGAGAAAGAGAGAGAGGAGAUGAGAGGAGAGAAGAAGGAGAAAGAUAAUCUAGCUUUAUUCUCAAAUAAUCUUAUUCCCUCUAUCCUACUCCUUGAGUGUCCUUGUGAAGUGAAUUAUGAAAAAAAAAUUGGAGAAAGGAAUGGUAGAUAGAAGGGGCACUUUUCAGGUCAAGAGUUGGGGAGAUUCUCAGAGACUAGAAAGAAGUCAAAGUCAUCAACUUCUGGGCAUAGGUGGCCUGGAGCAUACUCCAAGGUAGCUUCCCAGAGACCAUAUAAGACCUCAGAAAUGAAGGCUUUCAUCGUGAGUGUGGGCGACAGGGUCUAAGUCCCAGUGCUCUGAGCCUCUCAGAGAUUCCCAGGCCUUAAGUUUGACCAGGGAGCAGCAGAGACACCAGACUUGAGGGACCAUGGAAACUCAGAGUCCAACCAAGAGAACUUAAAGAAAAUUUAAGAAGAAAUAUUUUUUUCAGGAAAGAGUUUAAGUACUAAUCUUCAUACGUAUUAUAUUAGUAUUUAUACAAUACUUUCAACUUCAUACGGUUACAUUGCAUAGAAGUGAUUCUUUUCUAUUAACACGUGCAGUUGGUUGAUGAGGAAUUAUUCCCCUUUUACAGAUAGAACCUUUGGGCAUAUUGUGGUCUGCCACAUUCUUCUCAGUGUAGCAACAAUCCAUCUUGAAUCUCAUGAAGUGUCAUGUGUGGAGCACAAAUGGUUCUUAGUGACAUAAAGAUGUCCUCCAUUGCUUAUCCAUGGCACCAAAUUCUACACUUUGAGGUUGUAUUUUUAAAACCAUCUUAAGGGCCUGUUCAAUUUAAAAGAUUAAAUUAUUACAGUUCUUACCAGGGGAUAUAUGACUACUAACCUAUUAGCAAGAGUUAAAUAAUUAACUCAUUGCCCCACCCACUCCUCUCUCUAGAAUUAAUGAUAGCUGAAGUAGAUGAAACAAAGAAUGAGACAUUCCAAAAACAUCUCUGUAUCCCUAGUAACGGCAAGGUAGAUGAGUUCCAUCUAAACAAAAAAAGACAAACAAGUUUGUGGGAAUGAUCUUAAAUAGAUAUUCUUAAUGAAUGCUUAAUAAUGCAGCAUAAUAUGUUGAAAGGAAUUCCAAUUCAGAACACAUAAAUUAAGCCUAUUCUUAAUAGAAGACAUGCUGUGUACUUCACAUUCUGAUAAGUGAUUUAUAAGCAUUAUCUAAUUUGAUUCUAUAAAAAGCUACUCUGUGAAGUAGCAACUAUGAUCAGCCCCAUUUAAUAGGUGAUAAUGCUGUGGCUUCGAGAGGUUAAUUUGCUCAACCAGUAAGUGGAAACCUGGAAUUCCACCCAGAUUGGCUGAUAACAGUGCCCAAGGCAUUAAUCACAAUAAGUCAUGACUCUGAUACGAAUUAGUUUUAUCAUAUUCCUUAUUGCCUUGAUUUCCUGCCUAUGCAUAGGAAAUCAUGCCAUAUCUGCCUCAUGGACCUGCUAAGAUGAUUGAUUCAGGUCAAAUAUUUGAGAAUAUGUAUGUAUGUAUCUAUCUGAAAUCAAAGAGUUUUGUAAACAAGGAAGUGUCCACAUACCUAACUUAUUAUUAGGCUCUAUUGCCAGCCAGUUGUGUCACCUUGGACAAAUCCUUUAGAUAAAUUGGCUUCAAAUCCUCACCUGGAAAUUGAUGAUAUUAGACUAUGUUAUCACUAUGUCCUUUCCUACUCAAAUGACUCCUGGUUGUUAAAAAAAAAAAAAAAAAGCUACAUCAAUCUUGAGACCAUAAGAGGACCAUGGGGAAGUGCUGAAUUGAAUCUGAAGGGACAUGGCAAAGUGGGGCAUGAAAUUAGCACAGAAAAAACUCCGUGAUAACCAUAACUCCAGAGAGCAGGUAUCUGGAGGGUUUUCUCCCUAUAAUUGUCUUCUCCUUUCAUCUCUCACCUAACAACACAUUGAGAGGAACCCCAGUGGUGGGCAUCUCUUUGGCUCUGAGUGGACAGCCAAUUUCAGUGCCCAAAUCACUCAUCUUUGAAUGCAAUCUGGUCCGCCUGGAAAAUUCCUAUGGAUAAUAAAUAAGUGACUUCACCCUUUGGCAAGAACUCUGUCUUCCUGGGGAUCUAUGUCAAGAUGAGAGGACAAGAUUUACAGAAAACAGUGAAUUCUGUGCUAUUUCAAUAGCCGUGUAAUAAUUCCAGUAGGACAUUUGUGGAGCAAGGGUUAUGGUCCUCAGUCUCUUUCAUUCUCCAAUUCUUCCCUCUCCCUCAUUUAUGCACCCUCCACUUCGGGCCCUUUCUCAGGUUCUCUUUUUCCUUACCCAAUUUCCCUGACCCUCAAUCAAAAUAAUAACUUCAAAACAAAAAUAUUAGGUAUUACUCUGGUGAGGAGUGGAUGUUCAGUUCUAGUUCUCAAAUUCUUAAGUAUAUGAUCUUGAAAUCUGUUAAUUUCUGUUUGCUACUUAUAAAUUGGGGACAAUAGAAUCAUCUAGAAUCCAAUGAGAUAAUGUCUAUAAAGCCUACACACUACAGAAGUUAAUAAUUGAGCACUCAAUCAAAAUAUUAAAUUGUGAAUUACAGGGGACUUAACUAAGGUAAAACAUAUUUGUCUGUUUCCCAACUUUAUCUAUUCCAUGAAUCUUUUUAAUUUAAUUUUCCCUUGGGGAUUGUGCUUUUGCAUAAUUAUUAAUUUGGUUUCUAUUUCAGUAUAUAACUUUGAUUCAUAAUUUCUGAGUAGCAGCAAAAGCCAAGCUGGUCAUUUCAUGAUGAUAUGACAAAGUUUUCACGUACAAUUCUAUUCGUCUUUUGAAAUACUCCAAAUAACCAUCCAUUGUCAUCUUUGAAGACCCUAUGGGUCUGGAGACACUAGCACUGGUGACCCAGAUAUUAGAGAUGACCCACCAGAUGAACAGGUAGUGUUGGUGGGACUGUUUCUUUUAUCCUUCUUUACUAUGUUGUUCGUCAUUCAGCAACAUUCCUGGCUUUCUUAACCUGAUUUUAUAUCCUGCACAAAAUUGCAAAUUGUCAUGUCCUUAGUAGAUCAUAUUUAGAAGGAGUUUUGGUUAGCUGUAUCCCCACAGUAAUAUCUCCAACCAAAAUU